AUGGAAAGAAGAAACCACCGAGAAGAUAGAAAAAGGGAAAUCAAUGAAUAUGCAGAUAAUCGGCCCAUUAAAGGUUCUGGAUCUUAUAACCUAAAUUUCAUUGACUGGGAAAAUGAAUAUGAAGCAGUCAUAGACCAUGUUUCCAAUCUGCAAAGUAAAAAAUAAUUAGGACAAGGGCUUUCUUAUGAGCAAUGCCCUUAUUAUGAUGUCCCUUCAAGAGAAUUAGAAUUUUUAUGGAGAGAUUGUGAAGAACUGUCAACCUUCGGGCUCUCUGAUGAAGAAAUUGCACGAUUCCCAACUUACAGGGGACAAACAAUGAGGGAGUGCACUAUUUGUUUAAGCGCUAGUGCUGAAGGUAUUAAAUUACCUUGUGGGCAUGUAUUUCACAAAGACUGUAUCGUGAGAUGGCUAAAGCAUCGAACUGAUUGUCCAAACUGCGAGAAUUAAAUAUAGCAUCUCAGCUUUGCGGUCAGCUCCUCCAAACACAUAUUUAAUGUAUAUCAGGCAAGGUUUUGCUAUCCCAGAAAUGGACGAAAACAAUGCUGGGUAAGCAAUUCUUGUGUUUUUCCUUUUUGCUGAGAGUCGACCAGAAAUUCCAUUUUUUUAGAUUUUUGUGUAGAUAAGGCUGCAUAAUCCGAAGACAGCCCACUCAACACUGAUGCCGAAAAGCGAGGAGGAGACACUGCCAUCCUUUGGUGGAACACAGUUAAAAAAGCGUUUCAAUAUUCAUGCAUCGAGAUCCUUGGCGAUUGCUUAAAAUUAGGGUGAGAGUGUCUAUUAAUAAAUUGUCCAAACUGCAGAAGAUCAGCAAGAGUGUCUUCUAAAUAA